UCUCUCUCUUCUCUCUCCCCGAUUCUGUCAUCCUCUCCGACCUCUUCACCUUCUUCCGGCCAUAACUCCUUCAUCCGGCGACGGAUUUUGACGUAUAAGAUGUCGUUGGAAAGCUCUCUUCCCUCUCUUCAUUUCUAUGGUGGUUUGGUGAUUGAUUCUGGACUGUGGAAGGUGCAGAAACGAGAAGAAGAGGACGGUCACUGUAGCAGAUCAGGAUUUCCAUCGAUUUCCGGCGAUUCCGGCCGUCUCCGGCCACUAAAUUGGUGUCGAAGGGUUCUUGGAGUUUUCUGGAAAUUUUUCACCAGCCAAAUUGGAGCUCUUCAAGGGCAAUGUUGCGAGCUACGGCUAGAUGAAGGGACUCGUUUGCGUGGUCGCCAACUAGUACUGACAUCCUCACAGGGGAGAUAAUUAGUCGUGAUGUUGAGAAAGGGGGGCUCUAUUUCAUGGAGAUGACAUCUGCUGGUGACCGUCGUGUUGGUGAAGUCAAUAAAGUCCAGACCUCUGCUAAUGAUCAGGAUAAAGUCUAGUUGUGGCAUAAGAGACUUGGACACCCAUCCUUUAGUUAUCUUAGAAAUUUGUUUCCUUCAUUAUUUCAACGUUGUAAGGAAUCUGAUUUUUAGUGUAAGACUUGUAUCUUGGAAAAAAGUCAUUAUGUAACCUACCAUUCUAGUUUCAAUAAGAGCAGUGCACCAUUUGAUUUGAUUCA